UCCUUUCUCUUCACUGUAAAGGGGAAGUAAACAGUGACCGAGAACAACUUUCACGUUAGUGUUUUUAUUUGGACAUUUAUUAAUAUAAUGGAACUACAGAUAUGACUAAUUGAACUCCUAAGCAUCCGAUACGUUCCCCCAAGUAGUCUUUAGUUCGCGUUGGAGACAGGACUUGGUUGAUAGACGUUAUCUAGCUGACGCUAGCAAGCUGCUAACAAUGGCUAACUGUAUGGUUUUUCACACUCAAAUAGCCUCCAUCAUGGAGGUGCUAGCGAAUGCAGCCGUGUCAGAGAUCUGUAAACUCGUAGACGACGACUAUUCAGUGUUUCGUUUGGAAAUUUCUCAAAGUCAGAAAGAAAACAGGACAUUGCGGAGGAAACUACAGCUACUGGAACUGAAGGUGGCACGGGAGCGCGCCCUCCCCAGUCGUCACAGUAGUGUAAAGGUCCUCGACCGAUACAGAGAAAUGGCAAGAGGUGAAGGACAUCUCACUGGAGGUCACAGGAACGUUGUGAAGCCAGUGGGCCACAAUACAUGGAGAAAUGACCAACCCGUAGCUGUAGAUGAAGGGAGUGGAACAUCAACCCAGCACGUUAUCGUAAUAGAGUCUGGAGAUGCAGAGGCUGCAGGUUCUGAGGCCGAGCAGGAGAGAUCUGAAGGAGGGGAGAAUCCACGGCACAGCAGAGACAUCCAGACUGGAGCAGCUGGAGUGCCAUAUGAAGCCACAGACCCCGCUGCCGCUGCUCACGAGCCAAGGAACCGGUGCAGCAUCACGGAGGAGGAGGGUCCAGAGGUGCUGCUGGUGAAGGAGGGGUGUGAGGAGGGUCUGGGGAACCCUGAGGGGCCCAUGGACAUGAAGGACAACCAGACUACACCACCUCCUGAACCCACAGAGGAACCAGCUGAGCAGCACAGGAACACACACAGUCUCACUGAGUCAGUAGACAUGGAGGAUGGGAAGCCUGAUCUGCAGCUGCUCAAAGUGGAGACAAUAGAGGACAGACCAGAGAGUGGACUAAAGAUGUGGGAUUAAGGUGGUUGGCUGAAGGCUAACAGAGGAGACUGGGCGGCCGUCUUGGAUUCCCAGACCCAGGCUGUUAGAGCCAAGGUCCCUGGGGAUGGAAUCACCGAGCAGGCCAGGACCAGAGGCGACAUAUCGGAGGUCAGUGGAAGGGAAAUUGUCCUCAACUCUGGGCUGGGGAAUAACACUGUUAACCACAACCAGAAGCAGACAGUCAAACACAAAACAACAUCUCCAUGACAGCAGACUGGCUGAGACCAGGGCGAGGUGUAGAAUUGGUCACCAGGGACGGGGAGUUGUCUAUAUGCGGUUGGAAAGAACAGACACAGACUCGGCUAGUGAUGCUCCUAUAGUUGUGAUUCGCAGAGACUGAUGGCGCAUCAGGUUAACCCCCUAACAGGUGCUGCCUUUAGCCUGCCUUCUAUUAGCCUGAUGACUCCCACCAAAUGAUUUUGCUUCUUUGUCAUUCACUACAUACUUUAGUCUGAGACUCCCAUCAUUGAAGUCGCUUGUGGUGACGAGGGGUGUUGUACAACACAAAGUCAUCAGCGAUUGUGUCGUCUCUAACCAAUCAAAGUAUUUUGUAUUUGUAUUUAUGAAGGAAAUCGUUGUGGAAAUCUGUUGCCGCUCAAGUCUGCUACACAAUGCAAUGCUCUUUCUAUUGGCUGGCUGGCUAGCUAGCAAACAUAGCUAGAAAACAGGAAUAACAAAUAUAAUAUCAGCAUGUAACAUAGCUAGUUAGCUGUAAAAUCGCCUCACUCCGUUAAAUUACACAUUUCUCGAGGUAGGAAUAUCGCAAAAAUAUGUUCAAUGGCUCAUUCGAGAGAAGACAUCCUCCCGAGUUAUGACAUCGGCCAGAAUUUAAAUCUGACAUGUAUGAUAGACGUUUUCGCGAUCUUAAAGUCUUAUUCCUAUUAACUUCCAGUGUAGUGAGAGAGACUUCAUCACAGCUCUACGUCAUACCGGACAGAUUUCUGCCUGCUUGAAUGCCAAUAACUCAGAUGCAUAUGAAAACAUGACAUGGCCCAGGGAAUUGCGAGAACAUUACUCAGAGAUGCACAAAAACAGUAUAACAUUCAAAAUGGGUGAACCUUUCCUUUAAGGCAGCUACUGUAUAUACAAAUAAAAAUAUGAAUGACAUUACAUUUCAUAGCACUUUUCACAACACAUUAAUUAUGUGUCCUCAGGCCACUACUCCACUACCACAUAUCUACAACACAAAAUCCAUAUAUAUAUAUAUAUAUAUGUGUGUGUGUGUGUAGAGUGUGUCUUUUAGCAUGUGUAUGCUUGUGUUUGUGCCUGUGUCUCUCUUCAGUCCUCACUGUUCCAGAAGGUGUAUUUAUCUGUUUUUUAAAUCUGAUUCUACUGCUUGCAUCCGUUACCUGAUGUGGAAUAGAGUUCCAUGUAGCCAUGGCUCUAUGUAGUACUGUGCGCCUCCCAUAUUCUGUUCUGGACUAUGGAACUGUGAAGAGGUUUCUGGUGGCAUGUCUUGUGUGGUAUGCAUGGGUGUCCGGGCUGUUUGCUAGUAGUUUAACCAGACAGCUCAGUGCAUUCAACAUUUCAACACUUCUUACAAAACAAGUAGUGAUGAAGGACACUGUUAACAACCCUCCAGGCAAGCUUCAAUGCCAUACAACUCUCCUUCCGUGGCCUCCAAUUGCUCUUAAAUACAAGUAAAACUAAAUGCAUGCUCUUCAACUGAUCGCUGCCUGCACCUGCCCACCUGUCCAACAUCACUACUCUACUCUGGAGGGCUCUGACUUAGAAUACGUGGACAACUACAAAUACCCAGGAGUCUGGUUCGACUGUAAACUCUCCUUCCAGACCCAUAUCAAACAUCUCCAAUCCAAAGUUAAAUCUAGAAUUGGCUUCCUAUUUCGCAACAAAUCAUCCUUCACUCAUGCUGCCAAACAUACCCUUGUAAAACUGACCAUCCUAUCAAUCCUCGACUUCGGCGAUGUCAUUUACAAAAUAGCCUCCAAUACCCCACUCAACAAAUUGGAUGCAGUCUAUCACAGUGCCACCCGUUUUGUCACCAAAGCCCCAUAUACUACACACCAUUGCAACCUGUACUCUCUCGUUGGCUGGCCCUCGCUUCAUACUUGUCGCCAAACCCACUGGCUCCAUGUCAUCUACAAGACCCUGCUAGGUAAAGUCCCCCCUUAUCUCAGCUCGCUGGUCACCAUAGCAUCACCCACCUGUAGCACGCGCUCCAGCAGGUAUAUCUCUCUAGUCACCCCAAAACCAAUUCUUUCUUUGGCCGCCUCUCCUUCCAGUUCUCUGCUGCCAAUGACUGGAACGAACUACAAAAAUCUCAAACUGGAAACACUUAUCUCCCUCACUAGCUUUAAGCACCAGCUGUCAGAGCAGCUCAGAUUACUGCACCUGUACAUAGCCCAUCUAUAAUUUAGCCCAAACAACUACCUCUUUCCCUACUGUUAUUUAUUUAUUUAUUUUGCUCCUUUGCAUCCAAUUAUUUUUAUUUCUACUUUGCACAUUCUUCCACUGCAAAUCAACCAUUCCAGUGUUUUACUUGCUGUAUUGUAUUUACUUUGCCACCAUGGCCUUUUUUUUUGCCUUUACCUCCCUUAUCUCACCUCAUUUGCUCACAUCGUAUAUAGACUUGUUUCUACUGUAUUAUUGACUGUAUGUUUGUUUUACUCCAUGUCUAACUCUGUGUUGUUGUAUGUGUCGAACUGCUUUGCUUUAUCUUGCCUAGGUCUCAAUUGUAAAUGAGAACUUGUUUUCAACUUGCCUACCUGGUUAAAUAAAGGUGAAAUAAAAAUAAAUAAAAUAAAGUCAAUCUCUCCUCUACUUUGAGCCAUGAGAGAUUGACAUGCAUAUUAUUAA